AUGUCUUCCUCAGCAGCGGUAUCGUCCGUCAACGUCUCUUCUCAUCACCCCCACCAGGGCCACCACUCCUCUGCGCCCUCCAUGUCCUCCGCUGCGGUCACGUUUCAUAAUAGUGAUUAUGAUUUAUGGGAUGCUUGGCUACACAAGAUUUACGAGAGCACGCAGCAAGACAACUGGUUCAUGCCCUCUGAAGAGAUCAUCUCAACAGGCGUGGCCAUGCGAGUUGAGGACGGCUUCUUCCGGGUGUUCCCCUAUGAAAACCCUGCCCUCGUACCGUUCGAAGCCGCGGUUCGAAAGUUGAAUCCCGUUGUGGCGGUCAAGAUUCGCAGUGCGGCUGUACAUGCUGCUCUUCGUAAAGUAGGACCUGAAGAUACCUCAGUCUACAUCGACCAAAACACACGGAUCCAAAUCAUUGAAACGAUCGACCACCUCCCCAAAGCCGAGAAAGACCAAUGCGGUGCCUUCAUUCGCGACGAACGCUCCGUAGUCCUCUGGUCCUACCACCUCGAGCACAUCAUCCCCCUCUGCAAAGACUUUGAAGAAAAGCUGAUCAAGCACAUCUGGCGAACACGCAACAUCGGCCGCAAACCCCUCGAGUCGUCCAUCAACACCACCUCCCUCUACGGCGGGCAUUCGCGUCAAGAUUCCGGUGCUGACCUCAACGAGAAGGGCGAGCACGGCUCUAGUGCAGAUGAGGUUGUGGCGGAUAAGGAGGCGAAGGAACUCGAGGAGCAGCAGCAAGCUUCGGCGGCUCAGACGAAGAAAAAGUCGGGCUUGUGGAGUUGGUGGCGGCUUGGACCGAGGAAUGUGAAUCCGUCGCCUGAUGAGACUGAUGCGGAGAAGAGGAAGAGGAAGGAGAGGAAGUUGAUUUUGAUUGGGCCUGUUUAUGCUGGGUUGGGAGCGGGUCUUGCUGGGUAUUUCUGCACGGCGGGUGUGUCCAACUUGCUCUACCAGUGGGCUCUUGAUGGCGAUUUUACGCGGUUUGCGCUGGUGGUGACGCUGCCUGUUAUCUUCUGCGUUUCAAUCUUCUUCUGCCUCCAACUUAUCGGAAACAUCUGCCUCAUUUUCGGACCCGUCGCUCAGUACCACGAAAACUCGGCAUACUACUCUGCGGUCAAACCUGAACCUAACCCGGAGAUCGAUAAUAAUCUCCCGCAUAUUACGAUUCAGUUGCCGGUCUAUAAGGAGUCUUUGGAAGCUGUCAUUGCUCCCUCCGUCUUCUCCGUCAAAAAAGCCAUGCAAACCUACGCCCGCCAGGGCGGCACCUCCGCCAUCUUCAUCUGCGACGACGGUUUGCAACUCAUCCCCGAAGACCAACGCCAGGAACGUAUUGCGUUUUAUGCGAACCAUAAUAUUGGGUGGGUUGCGAGACCGGGACAUUCGAGUGAACCGGAUGGGUUCAAGCGGGCGGGAAAGUUUAAGAAGGCUUCAAACAUGAACUACGGCCUCGAACUCUCCCUCAAACUCGAGAAAUUCCUCGCGCAACUCGAGGCCGAAGGUGCGGAAGACGAUGGCGAGGAGUGUCUUGAGGAUCGGGCGAUGAAGAUGGCUGCGGAGGAGAUGUAUGAGGAGAGUGGGAGGCGGUGGAAGCCUUGGUGUGCGAAUGGGAAGAGUAUUCGGGUUGGGGAGAUUAUUUUGAUUAUUGAUGCUGAUACGAUUAUACCUGAGGAUUGCUUCAGAGAUGCUGCUCGCGAGAUGGGCGAAUCCCCGGACGUUGCUAUUAUCCAACACGAAUCUGACGUCAUGCAAGUCGCACACCACUACUUCGAAAACGGUAUCACCCACUUCACACGGCGCAUCAACAAAUGUAUCUCCCUCGGCUGCGCCAACGGCGAAGUCGCGCCUUUCGUCGGGCACAACGCUUUCCUGCGGUGGUCUGCAGUCCAGGACGCCUCCUUCAUCGACACGGACGGCAAGAGGAAGCAGUGGUCGGAGAAUAACGUGUCGGAGGAUUUCGAUAUGGCGUUGAGGCUUUUGUUGAAGGGGUAUAAUUUGCGGUGGGCUACGUAUUCGAAUGGAGGAUUUAAGGAGGGUGUGUCGCUUACGAUUGUGGAUGAGUUGGCGAGGUGGCAGAAGUAUGCGUAUGGAUGUAACGAGAUUAUUUUCAACCCCAUGGUUCGGUGGUGGCGUCAAGGCCCUAUCAGCAAGCAGUUGCGAGGUUUCGUGUGGUCGGCUGCUCCUCUCCACUACAAGAUUGGUAUGAUGUCUUAUAUGUUCUCAUAUUAUGGUAUCGCCGCGGCAACGAUGGGUUCAAUCCUCAACUACCUCCUGCUCGGUCUCGCACCCAACAUCGAUCGGUUCUACCUCAAGAGUUUCGAAAUCUUGCUGGCGUGCGCGGUCGUGUUCCCUGGUAUCGGUAAUGUGGGAUACACACUCCUCGAGUACCGACUUGGCCACAAGAAUUUCUUUGCUGCGCUGUUUGAGAACUUGAGGUGGAUUCCGUUCUUCUUGUUCUUCUUUGGUGGGAUGAGUAUCCAUCUGUCGACUGCCAUCUUGGCGCAUAUGUUCUCGUAUAACAUGACUUGGGGCUCUACUGGAAAGGAAGUCGAACGCUCUUCGUUCUGGGUUGAAGUGCCGAGAAUCUGGCAAAACUUCAAGUUGACGUUUAUCAUCUGCUUCUUGUGCAUUGCGAUGAUGAUUGUCUUCACGACGCCUGCUAUCCCUUACGAGUGGCGAAUCUUCGGAUGGGAGUGGGCGUUGAUUAUCCCUCUUUCGUUGAAUGUUGGGUGUCAUAUCUUGCUUCCAAUCGUCCUCAACCCCUGGUUGAUGAUCUUCUCUUACUGA